AUGGUGGAAAUCUCUCGAAGGGUGAGAUCUCCAGGAGGACUCCCCCCAACCUCAGCUGCAGAACUAGCCAGGGAGUCUGCUCUUUCAUUGCCUUCAACACCGACAUGGACUGCCAUAGCGGCAAUCGACGAUGAAUUUCCGGACGAAGAUUUGAUUGAUGAAUUCAUAAAAACAGCAAAAGCAGGAGCCGACGAUGAAUUUCCGGAAGAAGAUUUGAUAGAUGAAUUUAUACCAAGAGCAGUAAAAGCUGGCAUUGACGAUGAAUUUCCAGACGAAGAUUUGAUCGACGAGUUUAUACCUAGAGCAGCAAAAGUGGGAAUUGACGAUGAAUUUCCUGAUGAAGAUUUGAUCGACGAAUUUGUACCAAAUCCUCUUGAAAAUCCAGACCUCUUUGGAGGUGACAUGGUGGGAAUAGAUUUCAAAGACCGGAAUGCUAUACCCGGAUUUCAAUUAAGAUGGCCCGCAGGGGAAGUAGCAUACGAGAUAGAUCCUUCUGUAGCGCAGCAUACAGAUAAAAUUUUAGAUGCCAUGAAACACUAUGAAGAGAAAUCCUGCGUUGUUUUCAAAAAAAGAACUUUGGAAAGGAAUUACAUAAGAAUAUUUUCAGGAAAAGGAUGCUAUUCCAAUGUUGGAAUGAUUGGAGGACAGCAACCUGUUUCACUUGGACCCGGAUGCAUCUUCAAAGGUACCAUUGUGCAUGAACUUGGCCAUGCAUUAGGUUUUUACCAUGAGCAAAAUCGAUCCGAUAGAGACGAUUUUCUUAUAAUUUACUGGGAUAACAUUAAAGAAGGACUUGAAGAUCAAUUCACUAAGCUACAAAGACAUCAAAACCAGCUUUUAGACACGUUUGAUUAUAAUUCUGUCAUGCUUUAUGGUAACACGGCAUUUUCCAAAGACGGAAAGUCCAACACUAUGGUGGCCCGUACUGGUGUAAAGCUCUAUGAGACCUAUGACAAACCUGGACUGAGUGAUAGUGACGUAAAGCGUGUUAGAAAAAUGUACUGGUGUGAUGAACCAUGGCAGCAAAAAUCAACAACUCCACAUUAAAUAAAGAAUGAUGUAUUUUUGAUUACUGUAUAUUAUGUUAAUAAAACAAUAGUAAGAAGUAUGACAUGAG